GCGAGCCACGUGACCGUCCUCGCGCCGAGGCAGGAACCGUUGGGACUGAACCGAUGGGAAAUGUUUGCUUGGGCUCUCUACAAUGUAAAUUCGAGAACUCGCUUUUCACUCACAUCCUCAAGGUGUCUUCAGUUUACCUAACAAUUGGUGUUAUCUCAAGACCUCUGCAUGGAGUCAUACAGCAUGGAAUCAGAUCCUUCACUCCAGCUUGUCUGCACUGACCAAAUAUCACAACCUGACGGAGUUCCAUUUGCCAGCAUUUGGCCCAUAUCUCUCUAAACCCUUCUUAUGCAUGUACCAAUCUAGAUGCCAUUUCAAUGUUGUAAUUGUACCUACCACCCUUUACUGUGGCAGACCGUUCAAUACAUGUAAUCUCUUGCGUGAAAAAGUUACUUCUCAAAUCCUUUUCUAAAUCUUUCUCUCUCAUCUUCAAUCCUUUGUCCUCCAGUUUUAGACUCCCCUACUCUGAGGAUGAAAAAGCACCCUAUUUAUGUCCUUCAUGGUUUUAUAAAUCUGAGUAGGGUCACCCCGCAGUCUCGUUUACAGGGAAAAAAAAGCCUCACCCUAUUUAACCUUCCUGUAACUCAAACCUUUGAGUCCUGGCAACCUCUGAAGUUUAACACGUCCUCCCUUUAGAAGGGCAACCAAAAUUGAACGCAGUAUUCCACAGGAAGCCUCACCAAUGUCCUGCACAGCCGCAACAUGACAUCCCAACUCUUAUGCACAAUGUUAUGACCAAUGAAGGCAAGUGUACCAAAUGCUGCCUUGAAGACCAUGGAAACAAGUUUUCUCCAGCUGACCCCCCUCUGACCAUGUGCUGCUGUCUUACCAAAUUGAUUAUCGCAUAAUGUCAUUCACAUCACCAGUGAUCAUUGCUGAAGUCCUGUUGCCUGUGGAGAAAGUGAUAUUUGACCUCCUUGUUCUGCUGCAGUUCAUGUGGUGAAGGGACUCUCACAAUGUGGUUAGGAUAUUAAUUGAGAAUAAUUUGCACUCCAGGAUCUCAAAACACGUUCUGACAGAGUCAGCAGAGCCAUCAGGACCUGAAUAUUAUUGGCGUUUACUGUGGAAGGAAAAAGGUGCAGGUGAGAAACAUUCCCCGUAGCGUGACCAUGUACAGCCGAGGGGAGAACACGAGACUGGCACAGCCCAGAGACCACGUUACCUUCACCGGCAACUUCCUCACCAUGAUGUGGACCAGGUUCAGGCAGGUAGUUCAGCGCUAGGACCCGGUAGGCACAGAAGCCUGGAAGCGCCGCCCAUAAGUGCGUCACAAAGCGGACCAUGCAUGUGCCGUACUCCCGAGGGAGCCAAGAUGGCGGAGGCUAACCAGGAUCUGAUCCCAGCUAAAAUCCCAGAACAAUAUACAUGCGGGAUUUGCAGGUUGUGAAUCGAAGUUUGAGGGCAUUAGCAAAGGAGGAUUUGCAGUCGGGAACCUCGAACCAAGCAUUGCACCAGGACUUAAGAGAGGCACCACAUUUGUCAUCAACAAAAUAUCAUUGAAUUUUGAACAUGGAAGAAAAAGGCCCCCUUCAAACUAGGAAGGAACCAUAUACAUGUUGUAUGUGUGGACAAGGCUUCAGCCAAUCAGCUGGCCUCACAAACCACAAAUGUAGUCACACUGGGAAGAAACUGUUCAUCUGCUCAGACUGUGGGAUGGGAUUCGCUCAGUCAGCCCACCUCCUGCGACACCAGUGGGUUCACACUGAAGAGAGACCGUUAACGUGCUCUGAGUGUGGGAAGGGAUGCACACACUCAUCCAGUCUGUUGAGACACCAGCGAGUUCACACCGAAGAGAGACCUUUUAAAUGUCCAGACUGUGAGAAAUGCUAUAAAAGUACCAGCAGUCUGAUGUCCCACCUCCGUGUUCACACUAACGAGAGACCUUUUAAAUGUCCAGACUGUGAGAAAUGCUAUAAAAGUUCGGGAGAGUUGAUGUCCCAUCAACGUGUUCACACUGAGGAGAGACCGUAUAAAUGCCCAAACUGUGGAAAAUGCUAUAAAAGUUCAGGAGAGUUGAUGUCCCAUCUGCGUGUCCACACUGAUGAGAGACCAUUUAAAUGCUCAGACUGUGGGAUGUGCUUUAAACGUUCCAGUAAUCUCACAUCCCACAGCCAUGUUCACACUGACAAGAGACCAUUCAGAUGCUCUCACUGUGGGACUACGUUCAGGCAAUCAUCUCAACUCACUAAACACCAGCGAGUCCACACUGGGGAGAGACCCUUUACCUGCAAUGAGUGUGGGAAAGGAUUCACACAGUCAUCCCACCUUCUCACGCACCAGCUAGUUCACACUGAUAAGAGACCUUUUAAAUGUUCGGACUGUGGGAAAUGCUUUAAAAGUUCCAGGGAACUAAUCCACCACUACCAUGUUCACACUGAGGAGAGAGCAUUUGCAUGUCCAGACUGUGGAAAGUGCUUUAAAAGUUCUGGGGAACUAAUGCGGCAUCAACGUGUUCACACUGAGGAGAGACCAUUCAGAUGUUCUCACUGCGGGGCUGGUUUUAAGCGAUCAUCUGACCUCAUUGUACAUCAGCGAAUUCACACUGGAGAGAGACCAUUCUCCUGCAUGGACUGUGGGAAGGGAUUCACUCACUCAUCCAACCUGCUGAGACACCAGCGUGUUCACAAGUGACUGUGUUGAAUGUUGCUGUUAACCACAUAAUGGAAACAACCAUGUUCAUUGUGUCUGUCGAUGUUGAUAACAUCCAGUCUGGGUUUACAUGUAUAGCCUGAGUAAACGUCAAAUAAAUCAGCUCUGUGUCAGUUCAUUAAA